AUGCCGGCCCCCACCCGGAGUCGAAAUCGUUUCUCGCUCAUGCUACAUCUGACUUCAACCUUGAAGACAUCCGAUGCGUCCUCUGUUGGGAAAUCUACUAUAGCAGGAUCUUUAUCCGCAGGGAGUAUCAAGACCGCGACAUCAUCUCUCGCAACCAUCUCCGAAUCCUUGAUUGUCAAUCACGCCCCCAUCUCAAACCCUAUAAGUCCUUCACAACUUUUCUCAGCGUCAUCAUCAUCUUUCCUUUCCGCGCACCAAGGCUUGACCGGGACUGGCAUUCCCCCGUUGAACAUCAGCGUUACGCCGGCUGACUCGUCUCUUCCCGUGACUACGAACGAGCUGGAUCCGAAGGAGAAGAUGAAACUGUUGAAGAAAGCCAGGAAGUUGAGCAAGGUGCUGGGAGAGGUGAACAUAGGGAUAACUACUGAUAUCACGAAUCAGCCCGACCUUGGUAUGCGUGUGGAUAACCGGCGCAAAACGUCUAAGAAGAUGUCGUGGGGCCCUGCUCAGUCCCGAGCCGCUGAGUGGGCUCCCUCUGAACCUGAGACUUCCAAGCAACACUCUCGGCAUCCCGUUCCUGUACCACCGAUAGAACCUGCUAGUCCAUCAUCUCUUUCUAAGCCUGCUUCGUCCACUUCCGUGCUAGACAUGCGUUGCCCAGUAGAGUUGGGUAGACCAUCUAUGGAUCCCUCCGAGUUUUCCCAUUCCCAUGAGGUUGAAAUCGACCAGUGUUCCAUUCUCUCUGACUCCUCCAUCCUCCCCUCUCCUCCGCCUUUCGACCGUAUCCAUCGCGCUCGACUAGCGAAGCUCAGCCGUCACUUAGGCGAGAACAUUCCCUCCGAGCUCGUUUUAUCGCCCGCUCCCCACAAGACCGCGAUGUCUAUAUCACUAUCUCCAAGAGAAGUUAAUUUUCCUUCCACCUCUUUCCAGCCCCCUAUGCGCCCGGAGACUUUGGGCUCAGCACGUAGUCGACAGAAGGACAAGUGGAAGCGCAAGAGCAUGGAUCUACCACCUCCGACGCCACUACUUUCACCAUCUAUCGCCUCCACACUGAAAGGUUUCUCACAUCAAACUGCGAGUCACUCCAACUUGAAGAGAAGUAAGUCUCUGUGGUCGAAGGGCAGUGCCGAACGCGAACGUGAGGAACAGAUACAGGAUAGUGCGGCAGCCUUGAAGAAUCUAGAGCAAUCUGCUCCUGUGGAUCAGGAAAUUUUAACAGACAAGCAGAAGGCUAUGAUCAUCAAGAGGGCGAGGAAGAUGGCGCAGGUAGCUAAAAUUAAGCUCAUAGACAAUACGAUACUGAUUCGCGGCGCACAGUUAUUCGGUACAGAACCCCCACCCUCACUCUAUCAUAUACCCUCAAGUGCGAACGAGUCCUCGCAGUCUGUUGACAUCCACCCUGAAUCUCCAGCACUACGUGCUAUCCCUUCACUAAGCGAACUUUCCUCUACCACUCAUUUGCACACAGUCCAUCGCCAUUCAUCAUCAUCCAGCAUGUCAUCCAUAUCGUCAGAGCCUUCAACUCCCACUCCGAGGAAGGACAGCCCAUCGCUGAGGAGUCGAAAGUCAGAAAGUGACCAUCCCCCGACACCUCCGCCUUUCUCCCAGCUCGCUCGUGCUGAAAUUUCGAAAUCACCACUGCGUAUCCAAAGCGAUAUGGCUAACACUAGUGCGUUCCGUCAGCGGCGAUUACGCGCUGCUAAACUUUCCCGCUUUUUCGGGGUCGCAUACCACGAUAUUUCCGAAACCCUCAGUGCAGACCCACCGCCGACUCCAUAUAGCCCGAGUAUGCCACGCAUCGCGCCUGAGGAACCCCCAAAGAUGUCCAAUGUCGCAGUGAACGUCAAGAUUGAACCAGGGGGGUUUUGGGGAGCACUAAUGGAUGGCCACCGUCAAAAUAUUCAUGGGGCAGACAUGAAUGACGUGAUCGACAGGUUGCGGCAGAUGCGAUCUGCGUGA